CUCCCAUAUCGUAUAGUCCAUCUAAUUAAUUAUGCACUUUGCAGUAAUCAGGUUGUUCAUUUUACAUGAAUCAUAAACUAGCUCAAUUUUCGCUUUUGCCUAUGAUCUUACUAUAGCACUUCGCAGCAUUUCACAAUUUUUUUUUGAAAAGCAGCAUCAAGAAAAGGUCAAUAACCAAAGAUAUACUCAUUAUUAUAGCUAGCUAUUGUAGCAGAUGCAUUUAUUAUCAGCCGUAGAAACGCUGCCUGUGUCAGCUGUAGGUCUGUGCAUAAAACAUCUACAGCUGUCGCGAGUGUACUUGUCAUUAACAAUUACUUUAUAACGAAAAUAGUUGAGGUGUAAGGAGUUAGUGCGUCUCACUUUGGAGCUGCGUUCAGAUUCGUCUGAAUGUGGCCAUACAUAUUUCUGCUGUCACCUUUGCUGUUUGUAUCGGACAGUAAACGAGUGCAUAAAAGUGGAGAACGCGCGAAUUAGUGACAAAACGUAUGUUUAGCAAACAUCGAUAAGUCUGCCUGCAUACACAUAUAUAAAUGCCAAGAUAAGGCUGAACAAUUCUUUCGCGUUAGUGAGGGUUUAUCAUUAUCAUUGUCGAUGCUAUCGUCUGCACAAGUGACGCGCGGUUCAGUCUUCAUUAAAAACAACUGCUUUCUGACCGCUAUAAUUGUGAGAUUAAACCAAAUCAAAAGAACAAAAAACGGCGCAAGUAACUUUCGUAGUGUUUGACUCCGGAGUACAGACAUAACGUGCAAUAAUAAAAACAAAAUAUGGCGGCGAAUUUGGAGGAGCAACAAUGUCUUCGUGAAUGCACAGAGUACAUGCAACGGGCGAAUAUUGUGCCAGUCAUGAAGGAUUGUGUUGUACAACUGUGUCUCGACCAACCAGAAAAUCCUGUCUCGUUUCUUAGCAAAUAUUUCCAGAAGCUCGAGCGUCAAGCGCACGACGCCAAACAGCAAACUGCAGCUAGUCCCGAGGAUACGGAGGACAUGCCAGCAGGCCAGCAAGGACCACAGGUACCGCGACGGCGCGGCGGCAUCUCCGCGGAACCCGUGACCGAGGAGGAUGCGACCAGUUACGUGAAAAAGGUCGUCCCAAAGGACUACAAGACUAUGGCAGCGCUGAGCAAAGCCAUAGCGAAAAACGUGCUCUUUGCUCAUCUCGACGAAAACGAGCGAUCGGACAUAUUCGACGCCAUGUUUCCAGUUACUUUCAUGCCCGGCGAGGCCAUUAUUCGCCAGGGCGAUGAAGGUGACAAUUUCUACGUGAUAGAUCAAGGAGAAGUGGAAAUUUUCGUAAACGGUGAGCUCGUGACAACGAUUGGCGAGGGUGGCAGCUUUGGGGAGUUAGCUUUAAUCUACGGGACUCCGAGAGCAGCUACCGUCAGGGCUAAAACUGAUGUGAAGCUCUGGGGCAUCGACCGUGACUCGUAUCGACGUAUUCUUAUGGGUUCGACCAUUAGAAAGCGCAAGAUGUACGAAGAAUUUUUAUCCAGAGUGUCUAUUCUCGAAUCGCUUGAAAAAUGGGAAAGACUAACGGUAGCCGACGCGCUCGAGCCAGUCGCAUUCGAAGACUCUGAGACGAUAGUGCGCCAGGGAGAGCCCGGAGAAGAUUUUUACAUUAUUGUCGAAGGCACAGCAGUUGUCUUGCAACAACGCACAGAACUCGAAGAGCCCGCAGAGGUCGGACGACUUGGGCCUUCGGAUUACUUUGGUGAAAUAGCACUCUUACUGGACAGGCCGAGAGCAGCUACCGUGGUAGCACGAGGCCCACUCAAAUGUGUCAAACUGGAUCGCGCGCGCUUCGAGCGCGUGCUUGGUCCAUGUGCCGACAUACUCAAACGCAACAUAACUCAGUAUAACAGUUUUGUUUCGCUCUCCGUGUAAAGAAGAAUCGAUAAUAUGAAUUCUAUGUCGACCAACAAUAAUUUAAUUAUUUAAUAUACAAAUCGCCACGAAAGUGCUCGAAAAACACAAGAAUUAAAGUAAACAUAACAAUCGCGUUCAUUAAUCAUUUCCAUUAUUAUAAAUUCAUAAAUCGAUCCGAGAUAGUGAGAGUAAAAAAUUAUUUAUUAAUAUAUGUAA